AUACCUUUUAAAAUAACAUUCAUGUACCCGUUUCUUCUUCUUCUUUACUUUUCAUAUCUACAGAAAGUGCAGUAACAGAGGGAGACUGUCUUUUUUAAAAUUGUCCUUCAAAAAGUGCUGAUUUUCACCCUUCAUUUCAGAAUUAAGUCAUAAGUUGUGACUGAAGCAGAUGGAGAGAAUUAACGAUAUUUUUUUUAAGAAAAAAAUGCACAAAACCAUCCUUGUCUUUUAAAAACAACUAUUGACCUCGCCCAUAUGAUCAAAUUUUGAAGCGUUCUAUGAAAUUGAAGGCAAUCCUCAGGUAUGGUAUGACGCUUUAUACCUGCAACCAGGAAUGACAGUAGCAAAAAUUUAUAAUAUAUAUAAACAGGAAUUUACACUUAAAUAUAACGAUGAGCACAAAUGUGUUUCUUUCGAAUAUCUAAAAAAGGUAUUUUUUACCAAAUUUAAUCUAAGAUGCAAAUCGUUAAAAAAAGAUACAUGUAACAAGUGCGAUAAAUUUCAAAUGAGAAUUCGUGAUGCCAAAAGUGCCGCCGAAAAAGAAAAAGUAGAGGAAGAAAAAAUACAACAUUUAAGCGUGGCUGAAAAUUUGAGACUGUAAAUGAAGAGAGAUUUUGAGCAAGCACAAAAUUUACCCUCAGUGGAAUGCUUAACCUUUGAUUUGGAGAAAACAUUGCCUUUACCCCGCAUUCCGGCGAAUAUUGCAUUUUACAAAAGGCAGUUGUGGUUCUACAAUAGUGGUAUCCAUAGUGCAUCUAAUGAUACUGGGCUUUGUUAUGUAUGGGUAGAAAAAGAGGCAGGAAGAGGUGCACAGGAAGUACGUUGGUGCCUAAUAAAAUAUAUAAAUCAAAAACUAAAACCCACGGCUGAACAUUUAAUCCUAUGGAGUGAUUGCUGUGGUGGUCAGAAUAGAAACAUCAAAAUCGUCCUAAUGAUGAAAGCCGUCUUAAGCUCUCAUCCAACCCUGAAAACCAUAUCAUUCCGAUUCCUUGAGUCUGGCCAUACUUUCUUACCAAAUGACACAGAUUUCUCAAAAAUUGAAACCGCACUCAAGCACCAUCAAAGCGUAUAUACACCUGAGGAAUACAUCAAUAUUAUUAAAACCUGAAAAAAGUUAAACCUCUUCAAGUUUACAAAAUGACAAAGACUGAUUUUUUUAGUACAACUAAACUGGAAAAGAAGUUUAUCAAUAGGAAGAAGUUUACGGACUCAUUUAAAGUUAGUUGGCCACAUACAAAAGAAAUAAAGUUGGAUAAAGAUAAAAUGUUUUCUAUUUUUAUGCGGUCUACGAUGGAAGACGAUUUCAAUGAGUUGAAAAUUGAUAAAAGAAUAAAGCGAGAACUGCAAUACAUAAAAGAAUCUGAUUUUUGUUUAUUGUGGCCUAAUGGCAAACCGAUUGCUCCAGCGAUUGCAAUUAGUGGACUUAUAAUCCAUGUACCACUACAUACCUGAGGAUUGCCUUCAAUUUCAUAGAACGCUUCAAAGUUCUGAAGAAGCAACUGAUGAUGUUGAUAGGUUUGGUGGAGUUCCGGACUUCAAGAUCAUAGAACACGAUGAUGAAAAUUGAAUGUUUAUAAUAUAAGUUUUUGAUAACUUUUGGAACCAUAUCAGCUAAUUUUUGGCAUAGGUUCUAAGCUCAAAAGAUCAC